GUGCCUUCAUGUUCCCCUACUUCAUCAUGCUGGUGUUCUGUGGCAUCCCCCUCUUCUUCAUGGAGCUCUCCUUCGGGCAGUUCGCCAGCCAGGGCUGCCUCGGCGUCUGGAGGGUCAGCCCCAUGUUCAAAGGUGUGGGCUACGGGAUGAUGGUGGUGUCCACAUACAUCGGGAUCUACUACAACGUGGUGAUCUGUAUUGCCUUCUACUACUUCUUUGUGUCCAUGACGCACGUGCUGCCCUGGACGUACUGCAGCAACGCCUGGAACACGCCUGACUGCACGGGGGUGCUGGACAGGAACCUCUCCGGCCGCGCUGCCCUCAACUUCACCGACUUCCUCAAUGCCACCCAGAAGCGCACCAGCCCCAGCGAGGAGUACUGGAGGAGGUACGUGCUGGACCUGUCGGAUGACAUCGGGAACCUGGGAGAAGUGCGGCUGCCCCGCCUGCCCCUCCGUGGUGCUGCCCCACAGGUGGUGUACUUCACGGCCACCUUCCCCUACGUGGUGCUCACCAUCCUCUUCGUGCGCGGCAUCACGCUGGACGGGGCCCUCACUGGCAUCGCGUACUACCUGACGCCCCAGUGGGACAAGAUCCUCGACGCCAAGGUGUGGGGUGAUGCAGCCUCGCAGAUCUUCUACUCGCUGGGCUGUGCCUGGGGCGGGCUCAUUACCAUGGCCUCCUACAACAAGUUCCACAACAACUGCUACCGGGACAGCAUCAUCAUCAGCAUCACCAACUGCGCCACUAGUGUCUACGCCGGCUUUGUCAUCUUCUCCAUCCUGGGCUUUAUGGCCAACCACUUGGGUGUGGACGUCUCCAAGGUGGCUGACCACGGCCCUGGUCUGGCCUUUGUCGCCUACCCUGAGGCCCUCACCCUGCUUCCCAUCUCGCCCCUCUGGUCCAUCCUCUUCUUCUUCAUGCUCAUCCUCCUGGGGCUGGGCACACAGUUCUGCCUGCUGGAGACCCUGGUCACGGCCAUCGUGGACGAGGUGGGCAAUGAGUGGAUCAUCCGCAGGAAGACCUUUGUGACGCUGGGGGUGGCCGUGGCAGGCUUCCUGCUGGGUGUCCCACUUACCACACAGGCGGGCAUCUACUGGCUCCUGCUGAUGGACAACUAUGCCGCCAGCUUCUCCCUGGUCAUCAUCUCCUGCAUCAUGUGCGUGGCCAUCAUGUACAUCUAUGGGCACCGCAACUACUUCAAGGACAUUGAGAUGAUGCUGGGCUUCCCGCCCCCGCUCUUUUUCCAGAUCUGCUGGCGCUUCAUCUCGCCCGCCAUCAUCUUUUUCAUCCUGAUCUUCACAGUGAUCCAGUACCGGCCCAUCUCCUACAAUGACUAUGUCUACCCCACCUGGGCCAUCAGCAUCGGCUUCCUCAUGGCGCUCUCCUCUGUCAUCUGCAUCCCCAUCUACGCCAUCUACAAAGUGUGCCGCUCUGAGGGGGACACGCUGCUGGAGGGGG